GCGCCCAUCCUGGCGGUGAACGUGCUCAAGGCCUACGCUGUCCUGCCCUCCUACAGCCCCACGCUGAAGCACGUGGUUUCGGCCGCCGAGCUCCUCUCCUAUUGCAACAGCUGCGUCAACCCCAUCGUGUACGGCUUCAUGUCGAGGAACUUCCGCGAGAGCUUCCGUCAGGUGCUGUGCUGCCGCAGGAGAACCCCGAGGGCGUCCUUCAGCAGGCAGAUGUCCCUCUCCGUCACCAGAACCUCCAUCCUGCGCUACAACACGGACAGCAGUUACGGGCGGAGCUUGAAUAGCGAGAUGCCGAUGAUGAUGAUCAAGACAACACCUUCGUAGGAGGGAAAUUGAGCGAUGGUGAUUCUUAAGGAGACAAGUCGGCAAUUUGGGAAC